CAUUCACCCUAGAAAGAGCGGGGUAUUAUGGGUAAUCCUCAGAGCCAUGAGGAUCACUGUCGAGGAGUUUCUUUCAUGCCAGAGACUGACUUUACCUCGGUGCCCAUGUGUGAAAUGCAGGUAUGAAAUAAAGAAAACAACUGAUGCCAGAUUGAGCUCCUAGUCGUUCAUUUCUGCACCAAGAAGCCACCAGAUCCACGUAGGCCACACAUAUUAUAUUUAAAUCCUACAUAAAUGUUACAUUUGUCUUAAAACAAUAAAGGAUAACAACUGUUGUGUUUGUGCAGAAGGAAGAAAGAUCAUUCUCAGUUUAUGUCAAAUUUUAUUUAGUUUGUAACAACUGAUUUAUGAGUCACUGAAAGUCUCCAUUGUUGUAUGUUGCAGUCUUUUAUAUAUUUUAUUGUUAUCAAUAUCUGGAUUUUGAUUAAAUGUUAAUACCAGUUUCCUAGAUCAGAAAAAAGCCUUUAAAUACAGGAUAAAAUAUUUAUUAAAUAGUUUGGGGGGGUUUUCAGAAUGGAAUGAGCUGGGUUUUGUUUUACUGAAUAUUCUUGUUUUUAUUAAGUUAAAUUCUGUGCAAAAUUAUCCACAACUACUGAACUUACUGGAAAGAUUUUUUUUUUUUAUUAACUUUUAUUUAUACAGAUUGUCUCAUUGAAAUUUAAGAUCUUAUUUACUAGAAAGUAUUUUUUUGUGGAAAAAGCCUAAAAAUAAAUAGAUAUUUAUUACAGUGGCAAGAUUCUAUUAUAUGAUGCUUACUUUAUUUUUCACCUAUUGCAUUGAUUUCACAGUGAAAUAGAGACUGUACUGACUGCUGCAGCACCCAGUCUGCCUGUGCCAUGUCAUGUGACCUGCGUAGCAUGCUGUGCUAGCAUGGUGUUUGUAUUUAAAUGUACUGCAUUUUUGGAUUUACAUAUUUUGAUUUAUAUCACCGUAGUUUAUUUUUAAGUUUUGUAAAGAUCAACUCGAAAAUGAGAUGAUUCAUGUAUCCUUCAAACAAAUAAAUACAUUGAAACGUGUUAUGAGUUUCAUUAUUAACAAGUCAUAUCAAAACAUGCUAGCUUACGUUUAGUAAACUGUUAGCAUAAAAGCAUCUCUAGCAAGAGCAAUAUCAGUUUAUUAAAAAAGUUUAGAUAAAGUUAUGAUAAACUAUUUGGUGAUGGGUUGUUGUAACUUUUUUCUUAACUGUGUUGGAGUUGAAAAUGUUUGCCGCUGUGUUAAUGUAGACCAUAAAACUAAUUAAUUUUACUGUUUUUCGUCUUUAUGCUGUUGAUUUUAGUUGAUUAUCGGAUCGAUAUUUUGGCCAAAGAAAAGUCCUGAAAAUGAAAUAACCCAUUUUGCUGCUUCCUUGGAGGAAAUGACAAAAAAAUGGAAACUGCUGAAUUUCAAAAUAAAAAUAUAUAUAUAUAUAUGACCACUAGAGGGCCCUAACGUGCCAUUGUUGGAUAUUCUAAUUACUAAAAUUGUUAGAAGAAGAACCUUUUGUUUAGCUUUGAGCGCAGCAGCUGUUGUUUAGCAUAGCUUGUAUUACUUUAUUUCUGAGUUUGUUAGACCCGCAGCUGGUUGCCGUUCCGGCUGCAUUCUGAACCGCAUGGCCUUCCCGGCGCCGGUGUGGCUCGCUGUCCAGGAGGAGCUGCUGGAAAGCGGCGAACCAGAGGAGGACUGCGGCUCCCAGAGCUGUUUCGACGACUUUACCGACGAGGCUUUGUUUGAGACCUUCCACCUCUCCAGACCCUGCAUAGCCUUCAUCGCAGACGCCGUCCGCAUGCGCGUUAAGUCGGCCGCCUUUAAGAAGAGCCAGCCGCCGGUGGAUGUGAUGCUCAUGACCGCGCUGAGCUACUACGCCCACGGCGUGUUUACCUCCUCCGUGCAGGCGAAGGCAGGGAUCAACCAGCCGGCCGGCCUGGUCAGUGCGGUCAACAUCAUCUCCGGGGUUAUCGCGGGAAUGUCGGACGUGUUCAUCUCCUUCCCUCUGACCGCCGAAGCCAGAGGCAGGAUCGCGUCCAGGAUGGAGGAGCUCUGCGGGAUCCCCGCCGUCCUGGGCGUCCUGGCCCCGGCGCACUUCAAGAUCAGAGCCUCCCCCUACGACAAGAAGUCCUUCAAGUCGUUCAUCAACACGCUGGGGUACACGUCGGUGGUGAGCCAGUUCAUAUGCGACUCCGAGGGAAACAUCCUGAGCGUGGAGAAGUGCUGCGUGGGCAGCGCGUUUGAGCAGGAGCUGUGGGACUCCUCGUUCAAAGGGAGGGAGGUGGAGGACGGUCUGCACGGACCUUUCUGGUUUAUUGGAGGGAAAGGCUACCGGUUGAGCAAACACAUCCUGACCCCCGUGUCCAACCCGGUGUCUGACCGCGAGGUCCGCUUCAACGAGGCGCACGCCAAGGUGCACCGCGUCAUGCAGAGCAUGCUCGGCGCCAUGAAGAGGCGUUUCAGGUGCCUGCAGCAGCUCGGCUUUGCAGAAGAAGCCUCUCUGAACAAAAAGUCCAACAUCAUCAAGUCGUGCAGCGUUCUGCACAACAUCGCCAAAAAGUUCUCCGUCCCUCUGCCGCCGCGGGCCGGGAUGGGUGAACCGUCGUACCCGGGCAAGCUGUAUACGUCUCCGAUGGAGAUCAGCCCCGAGGCACUAAAAGCCCGACAGGAACUCAUCGACAGGAACUUCUCUGCCUCCGUCGGCAGCCGGGACUCACCAUGAAGCAAGGAGGAUCUGUGAAAUUCAUUCUGUUACCUUUGAUGCAAUUAAAGAAGAAAACAUUUAAUGUUUUUUUUUCUUCCAGUCAGGAAACUGGAUUGUUUUGAAUAUAAAAUGUUUUAUUUCUAUGUACAGAUUACAUUUUUCUACUUGAACAAUUUUAUAAUUCUAAUAAAAUUUAUAACAUUC